AUUUAAAAAGCUUUCCGAACGUUUGCCGGCUGUGCCUGCAGUCGAAAUCAUCCGCAGAGUUGAUUACGAUGGACAGUUAUCAGCUGCUUUACGGCCACACUAUCAGUGAGAUGCUGGAGGAAAUGAGCUACCAGAUUCCGAUUAAUCUAGCCUGUUAUCUUCCGUCGGAAAUUUGUGAGCAAUGCCUAGAUGUGUUCGAGCUGUUCUACAAGUAUAAGCGAAAGCUGUGUCUUAUUCAGCGUUUCAUCACUUCGCUGGCAGAGGUGAAAACCGGCAACCAAACACCGCUACGGACCCUUUUCGAUACCGACCGUGACCAGUUAAUGCUGCUGUUCAAGGAUCUAAGUCUAUGCGAAAAUGAAAAUGUCCAAGCAGACGACUUGAUAGGCGAGUUUGACGAGUACGACCUAGCUUCAACACUUUGCUUUAAGGUCGAAACUGGAGAUGAGAAUAGUCUUGACCCGAGCUUCCCUAGCGAGUGCAAAGCAGACACUUACGAUGAAUCUUCAGAGCUGACUUAUGGCUUUCAGGAGUGUUCCUUCGAGUUGCAGCAGUCCGCGGAGGAACAUAAGGAAGAGCGAAAGAGAGAAUUAACAUUGGAAAAAUACACGAUUUCCUCUGCAGCAUCCUUUACGGGAGACGCUGAAGAGGAUCAGAAAUCGCAGUACACGCUAAUAGAAGACGAAUUUGAUGAGGAUAUUGAAUAUGAACCGGAUAGUCCGGGCAAGUCAAACGAUCCUUACCCAAGUAAAAAGCGACGCGUUCGACUACCAGAGGAAGAAGCGGACUUGCAAGAAUGUAUAUCCAAUUGCAAUUAUAGCACAAAUUAUCCUUCCCAGUUCGAAAAGCAUAUCACGAAAGUGCAUGCAAUUGUCGAAGAAACUGCCGAAGUGCUGACUUGUUACCGGAGCAGCUGCAAUGGAGAAACGUUCGAUUCCGUGGAGCUUUUGCGGCAGCACAAGAAUGAUGCUCACUUCACUCACAUCUGCUUGCUGUGCGGAAAAGUAGUCAAACAUCUAAUAGCCCUCGAGAACCAUAUAAAACGACACGACCGUGAGCGGGAACCGCUGUUGCAAUGCGAUAUGUGCGAUGAAUUGUUCCGAACUCAGGCGGAAGUGGUCAAACAUACCGUGAAAGUACAUUCGGCCAGAUUAUCCUACGACUGUCCCGAGUGUGGGUUGAGUUUCAAACAGAAACUGUUACUCACGCAACAUAUGCUGACACAUUCCGUGGAACGUAACUACAACUGCGAUCAGUGUAAUAUGGCAUUCAAAACGGCCAAUCACUUGCGACGUCACAUACGGACGGUUCAUAGGGAAGUUCGCUACACGUGUGACCAUUGCCAGAUGUCAUACGGGCGUCGCGAUAAGCUGCGGAUGCACAUGGAACGGGCCCAUGAUAUUCAAACUUACUUCGUAUGCGACAUUUGCUGUACCUCCUUCGAAUCGGACGAUAAACUGCAGGAGCACAAAUAUCGUCACGAAAAUCCAGCUGAUCUCACCUGUGGAGUUUGUCUGAUUGCUUGCACUACGGCCGAUGAGUUUAACGACCAUCUCUGUAUAACGUAUCAAGAAGACUACAUUUGCUGCGAUCGUGAUUUUCGGUACCAUUCAUACUACAAUCGGCACAUGUUCUUAACGCAUGGCAUUAGCACAAAUGCUCGCGUGAUACCUAAGUCGGGAAUUUUGAUGGGAAAACAGCGAGCAUUACGAAAACCGGUGGAGCGAUGCACGAAGUGCGAACACGUAUUCGCCACACGCAAACUGAAAAGGCAACACAUGGAUGUGUGCCAGGGUCAGGUCGUCAUUUUCGAAAUCGAACCCGUUGCCGACGACAACAACAGUACGAAUGAAGGCUGAAAAAAAAGGUUUUUUUCUUUUCUACCAAAACUGUUUUAGUACUAAAUAAAAAUCAAUUGCGUGAAUUUCACGAUUAGAUUAAA